CUCUCCACAUGUAUAUAUAUCUCUUCGUCAAGACUUAGAUUCUCGCAACACAACACUUCUUCUCUCUCUCUCUCUUCCUAUCCAAUCCUCGAGAUGGCGUCCAACGGCGAAGGAGCAUGCAUGCAAUGCAAGAAGAUUCCUCCUACCGAGGAAUCUCUCACGUGCCGCACCUGCGGAACUCCAUGGCACGUGCUCUGCCUUUCAUCCCCUCCUGACUCCCUUGCUUCCACUCUACAGUGGGAGUGCCCUGAUUGCUCCGGAGAUUUCGAUCCUGUCCCCCAACCCGGUGAAGGAUCAGAUCUCGUGGCGGCCAUUCGCGCGAUCGAGUCCGACGUGACUCUGACGGACGAGGAGAAGGCUAAGAAGAGGCAGCAGCUUCUGAGCGGUAAAGCCGUCGUGGAGGAUGAUGAUGAGGAAGAAGAAGAGAAGAAGAAGAGCUCCUCUAUGGGUCUUGAUGCUGAUAUCUUGGCCGCUCUUGGUGAUAACUUGAAAUGCCCUUUCUGUCUUCAGUUGCUUGAAAGGCCCGUGACGACGCCAUGCGGGCACAAUUUCUGUUUGAAAUGCUUCGUGAAGUGGACUGGUCAAGGGAAGCGAGAGUGCAUAAAAUGCCGCUUUGUAAUUCCUAACGAUGUGGCAGCGAAUCCUCGUAUCAACUCUUCCCUUGUUACUGCUAUCCGUCUGGCCAAAGUUUCGAGAAUUUCUGCUGCCGCUGCUGCUGCGAGUACUUCAAACGUUUACCAUUAUGUCAGCAAUGAAAACCGACCAGAUCAAGCAUUUACGACUGAGCGCGCCAUUUUAUCCGGCAUAGCAAAUGCUGCAAGUGGCAAGAUAUAUGUUACAGUACCAGGUGAUCAUUUCGGUCCUAUUCCGGCCGAAAAUGACCCUGUCAGAAACCAAGGUGUCUUAGUUGGUGAAUCCUGGAAGAAUAGGUUGGCUUGUAAGCAGUGGCGUGCUCACAUCCCCCAUGUUGCUGGGAUUGCUGGACAAUCGAAACAUGGAGCUCAGUCCGUGGCACUCUCUGGUGGUUAUGAUGACGACGAGGAUCAUGGAGAAUGGUUCCUCUACACAGGAAGUGGAGGAAGAGACCUCAGCGGCAACAAAAGGACUAACAGACAACAGUCUUUUGAUCAGAAAUUUACAAAUGGAAAUGAAGCUUUAAGACUUAGUUGCAGAAUGGGUUAUCCUGUUCGCGUUGUCAGGACUUACAAAGAAAUAAUUGCUGCAUAUGCCCCUGAGGAAGGAGUGAGAUAUGAUGGUGUUUACAGGGUUGAGAAGUGCUGGCGUAAAGUUGGAGUGCAGGGAGAAUUUAAGGUCUGUCGCUACCUUUUCGUUAGAUGUGAUAACGCGCCAGCUCCAUGGACCAGUGACGAACAUGGAGAUCGUCCAAGACCUUUGCCUGACGUUCUAGAGCUUGAGGAAGCAAUAGACCUGUUUGAGAGAAUUGACACUCCAUCAUGGGAUUUUGAUGAAGCUGAAGGUUGUUGGAAAUGGAUGAAGCCUCCUCCUGCUAGCAAACAGCCUGUUCAUGUUUUGGAUCCUGAGGAGAGGAAGUUAAUGAAGAAAGCCAUGAAGGUGGCUCGCGCAAGUACCUUGAGAGAACAACUUCUAAAAGGAUUUAAUUGCCAAAUAUGUCUGCAAGUGAUGAACUUUCCGGUGACAACGCCUUGUGCACAUAGCUUCUGCAAGGGGUGUUUAGAAGGUAAAUUUGUUGGGAAGACUCGGAUGAUGGAAAGGAGCAGAGGUGGACGCACUCUUCGUGCAAUGAAAAACAUAAUGAAAUGCCCUUGUUGCCCCUCUGACAUUUCUGACUUUCUCCAGAACGUUCAGGUCAACAGAGAAGUUAUGGAUGUGAUAGAGCAGCUGAAGAAACAGGAAGAAGGUGAAGCCUCAAGUGUAGAUGAGAAGGAAGUAAACGCUGUGACAGAGUCUGAAGAAAACUCGGAGAUCACGGACGCUGAAGAUGUUGAACAACCGAGGAAAAGGGCUAAACUGGACUCUGAAGCAGUUGUUUCUGCGACUUAAAGGACAUCGAGG